CGAGAGUGUUGCACCCUUUGAGCAUUGCACCCUUUGGGUCCUCAAAGGACAGGAAUUGCUCUAAAACCUCCAUCUCCACCACAUCGAUCUCGCGGCUUCCUGCCUUUCCUCCUCCCCUUCUUCAUCCACCGGAGCUCCUCCAACACUCACAAAUCCAUUACUCUUGACGAAUAGGAGCAGGAGCAGCAGCAGCAACAGCAGCUCGUUUCAUAGCUGAACAAAGUCCUGGUGAACAGAACCUGUGUAGAACGAUGGCAAAACAAUGGAGUUGGCAAGAGUCCAUUGCUUUGGUGGAGGAGCACAUUGCUCUGAGAGCAAAAGGUUCUAAAGGCCAUACAGCAAGCGAGCACUGGAAUGAAGUAGCGAAGAGGCUACGUGAGAAGGGGUUCAAUCGAAGCCACGAGAGCUGCAACAGGAGAUGGUACAGGCUAGAGCAAUACAGGGUCCAGAUCAUCUCCUUCAACAUGCAGGAAGAUAAUCACAACAACUACUGGGACUUGACUAGAGAACAGAGGUUGGAGUGUCGCAGCAAAUGGCCCCAGCUUCCACUGGGAGAUGGAUUUGACAAGAAGAUCUUUGAUUGCUUAGAAAGUUUCUCUCAUCAGAAUGAGAAGAAAGAGUCUGUGUCUAAUCGUAUGAAUGUGUCUCCGACUAGUUUCGAGGACAAGGAAGUUGCAUGUACUGAGCUCAACGUGGAGCUCACCAGAGAAUCUGUUCCACUGCCAGCUCCACCGUCAGCUCCAAGUGUAUCGUCCACUUCAACUUCAGCGCCAUCGUCUCAUCCCUUGGUUGCUGUCGAUACCGUAAGUCCCUCUGCAGAAUCGAAGCCACAGGAAGAGUCUGAAAAGCAAGUCAAGACCUCGUGGCCUGUUCCAAGCGAGCAACAGCCAGUGUCUUCCCAAGAGACGUUUGAUGGGUUCAAGCUCCAAGCCCGAGAGCUUCGAAGAAGACGUGCUGCAGAGCUGCGGAGGAACAAUAGAACAGUGCCAUAUAAUAGUUCCCAUUCAACAUUCGUGAAGACUUCCCAGCCACCUCCACACCCAACUCCUGAAAAUUCCUCGCUCAUCACUGAACCAACUACCUUCGACUCAAUCAAAGUUGCCCCUCCUCCUGACUUCACAAAUAAAACCACUGAGAAUCCGAAUAAGAUUCCAUCUUCCAUGAAGCCGUGGUUUCCAUUCAAGAGACCCAACCCCUUUGCAAAUGCUUGCAAAAUGGACGACACCCAAAUGCCACAGAACUCACCUCAACAGCAACCAAUCGGCAGUCACUUGAACAAUUCCCUUUCUCAGAAUGCAAUACCCGGAGAGAAUUACGCUAAGAAACCACAUCACGCGGAUCAAGAUACUCACAAGCCGGUACUCCAAUCCGUAAACUCCCACUUGCCGUUACUGCACUCGGGGGACAGUCAAAUGAGCAAUUCCGGAAGUAAGGAGGAGCUAGUGCAGAUGAUUAUGGGUGUGCACCAAGGGUCGUUUCACAAUACCAAUAAUUGUGAGCAGCAAUUGCACAAGAACCUGGUUGUGGAGAGAGUUCCCUUGUUUCAUCGCGGCAUGAAUCCAGGCCACCAGGACAAUGUGGAACAGUGCUCCCCUGCGGUGAGCUUGCUGGGUCAGACUAUUGGGGGGCUUGGAGCACAGUUGGGCACUAUGGUGAAGCUGAUGCAGUCGAAGCACGCCGCAGAGCAGGAGUUUCGGGAUAAGAUGCUUCUGUUCAUGGAGUGCAUGGUGGUGUCGCUGCAUGGCAUGGCGCAGGCGAGCGCUCGACCUAACGUUUGAGUACAAAUCUAAAAAACCAGUAACAAACCAUGACAAUAUGAAUCAAAUCCCAUAAAUGUUAAAAGCCCGAUGAGGAUACCCACCAUCUUCCCUCUUUACCACACUUCAGUUCCUUGUGUAUGCAAUUAUGCUGCUCAUGCUCAUUGAUCCACGACGUCAUCGAAAGCAAUCGGUUUUCAGUAAUCUGGGAAGACGCUUAACUUUUCCACUUCACGAAUUGCCAAACCCUGAGUUGAAAUUAGACCCACGUACAAGAGACUCAAUCUGUACCAAAGAUUCUUGUGUCCACUGUGGUGAUUCUGAUGUCUCGGAAAGGCCCCAUUAUGCAGUGAGAUGAACCAUGACCCUCAUUUUGCAUUUUGAUCUGUUCAUUUACUGGCAGCGGUUCCGUCAGAUUUAGAAAGCUGGAUUAACACAACAAAGGACUCCGACGAAUUAUUGGAAUUUUGCAACGCAAGUCACCGCACCCGCCAGUGAGACUUGGACCAUGGGGUUGUAUUGGAAUC